AUGAAAACGCAUAACCCAGAAAGGGAUGUGUGUCGAUGUCCAAGGGAAGGCUGUGGUAGAACCUACACAACUGUGUUCAAUCUCCAGAGCCAUAUUCUCUCUUUCCAUGAGGAAAGGCGUCCGUUUGUGUGUGAACACGCUGGCUGUGGCAAAACUUUUGCCAUGAAACAGAGUCUCAGUAGGCACGCCGUUGUGCACGACCCCAACAGAAAGAAAAUGGAGCCCAAAGUAAAACAAGCUUGUAGAAAACGGAGUUUGUCUUCCCGUCUCAGUGGAUACAUUCCUCCUAAAGGGAAACAAGCACACGGCUUAUCUUUGCCUAAAACUGGAGAGCUGCUGAACUGCACUGAGGACAGAGUGCUCUCGACAGUGGCAGUACUUACUCUCAGCUAA